UAUUGUACCGGUUUAAUACAGAACUCAUCGGUCUCUCUCGAGUCAUUCAAUCCAAUCAGUUUUAUCUGUGAGAGAGGAGAGGAUGAGGAUGAGGUGGUGCUUAAUCUCUCUCGACGAUUCCUCUUCCGCCCACCCUCCAAUCUCAGUUGCCGUUCUAGAUUCGGUCGAGUGUAGGAGGAACCGGAUUCUCCUUUUCCUUCCUCCUCGUCGUCUUCUGCACUCGCUUGGAUGGCUGGAAAGAACCGAGUAGAGGAUGGGAAUGGGAUUAGAGACUUCUGAAGAUUCCCUGUCUUCUCUUCCUUGGAAUGAAUGAAUGAUUCUCCAUUCAGCUUCUAUGUUCAGCAUAUCGAAUACUCAAAGGAUUAUGAGCCAUAUUCACCUGAGAAUUAACCAAGCCAAAAAUGGAAGGCAUAACAUUGAUAAUAGUGAUAAUGUCAAGCUUAAUAUUGGGAGGGAAAGGUCAGCAGAUAAUUAGCACGCCAUGCACCUCCUCCAUGAUCUCUACCUUCACUCCAUGUCUCAACUUCAUAACCGGGAGCAGCGGCGGCUCCGUCACUCCCACCGCCGGCUGCUGCGACUCCUUAAAGUCGUUGACCAGCACCGGCAUGAACUGUGCUUGCCUCAUUCUCACUGCUAAUGUCCCGCUGCCUACUGGCUUCAUCAAUCGGACUCUCUCGCUUGCUCUCCCUCGUGCCUGCAAAAUGACCGGUGUACCUGUUCAGUGUCAAGCGGCGGGAACACCUCUGCCAGCGCCAGGUCCAGUGCCAUUUUUGCUGGCCCCACCACCGCCUAUGUCUGCUUUUAGCCCCGGAUCAUCUAAGGCGGCGGCGACAGCUCCUGGGCUGGCACCGGAUGCUCCCUUGGAUGGACCGAUGGGCCCCACAGCCACACCAGGAAUUCGACCGGUGGUUCAGCCCUUGCAACCCACUAGCCUCGCUCAAUAUUCUACCUCUCCUUUUCUUCCCUUGCUUUUCUUUCUCUUCACUCUUCUCACCUUGUUGAAUUUGUGAGCUAUACCGCGCGUCUCCAUAUUCAAAUUGUUACCCUUGUGUAUGUGUUGUCAGGUACUUUCCUUUUGGAUUCAUCGUUACAGAUAUGAUUUACUUACUAUUUCAUCUCAAAUGAUAAGCUUCUUUGUCUUUUUGUUCGGUAAAUAUAAACCGUUGUCUGGCUCCGACCAAAUCAA